GUGAUUCAAGUCGUAAUGAGUAUUCCACUCUAUAGAAAUUUCUAUAGUACUCGUCCAAAGCAAUUCAAUGCAAAGUUCUCAACAGUAAGCAAAAUGGCGUUGAUCUGGUCGGUUGUGUCCUUUGCGUUUUCGCUACUCUUGACACCGUUUCUCAUGUUCCUACUCUCGAUCGUAUUCCUCGCGUCGAUCGGCAAGUCUCUCGGAGUUCGUCGCCUAUAUGUAAAAAUGCUGCUGACAAUUUUCGAGCGUGGGGCUCCAUAUGCUGUUGAGUAUGGAAGACAAAAUAUAGAAAAAGUUAAAAAGAGAAAUGGUACUUGGGAGAAAGAGCAGGACGAGAGCGAGGAUGAAGGCGGUGGAUCACCUACGAUUCUUGAGAAUCAUAAUCACUUUGGAUCCACACAUAAAAAAACGAAGACAGUGAACGGGGUCAGUGGAAAUAAUUCUGUGAUCGCUAGAUCGAAAGACUUAAUUCUGGUGCCAGAGCCUGAAACGCAGAGUAAUAAAAAUCACGUGAACAAAGGAAGUAAUGAAAAUAAUCAAGAAAAUUCAUUGGACGUCGAUAACAAGAAAGAGAAUACCUUCCCACGUUCAGAUUCCUUUGAAACAUUCAAAACAGAAUUCGAUCCUGCUAUCUGUCUGGAUUAUAUUCGAGCUGGUGUGGAAGCCAUAAUAGAAGAUGAAGUCACAUCAAGGUUUGAAGCCGAAGAACUAAAGAAUUGGAACCUGUUAACCAGGACAAACAGGCAGUACGAAUUUAUAUCAUGGAAACUCACAGUUAUAUGGAUGUUUGGUUUCGUUAUGAGAUACUGCUUUCUUCUGCCUCUAAGAAUACUCAUUUGUUUCAUUGGGGUCUUCUAUCUCGUACUUGCUACGUUUUUCGUUGGUUUCCUGCCGAAUGGCAAACUCAAACGAUGGGUGAACAAUCAAGCUUUCCAGUGCGCCUUCAGGAUAAUGGCUAGAUCGAUUUCCAGCGUUAUCACAGUCCACAAUUCAAAGUACAAACCGAAAGGUGGUGGGGUGUGCGUCGCGAAUCACACCUCCACAAUCGACGUCUGCAUCCUUUCCACACAGACGACAUUUUGUUUGAUAGGACAGAGACAUGGAGGUUUCUUAGGGAUUUUGCAACGAGCACUGGCACGUGCUUCCCCUCAUAUUUGGUUCGAGCGCUCCGAGGUAAAGGACAGGGAGGCGGUAACGAAAAGAUUAAAGAAGCACGUUUCGGAUCCAACAAAUCCACCAAUACUCAUAUUCCCAGAGGGAACCUGCAUCAAUAACACAUCCGUAAUGCAAUUCAAGAAAGGCAGCUUCGAAGUUGGCGGUGUUAUCUAUCCAGUCGCGAUAAAGUAUGAUCCCAGAUUCGGUGAUGCUUUCUGGAACAGCAGUCGAUACUCAAUGCUCCAAUAUCUAUACAUGAUGAUGUCCAGCUGGGCGAUAGUCUGUGACGUCUGGUACUUGCCUCCAAUGUAUAUACAAGACGGCGAAAGUGCGAUUGACUUUGCUAAUAGAGUAAAGUCCGUCAUAGCCAGACAAGGUGGUCUUGUUGAUCUUCAAUGGGAUGGUCAGCUAAAGCGAAUAAAACCGAAGAAGGAAUGGAGGGAAAAGCAACAAGAAGAGUUCAGUAAACGACUAAAAAUCGAAUAGACAGACACAUCAUAUCUAGUCUCAUACUUAUUUAUAAUGAUGCCGCAAUGUGUGCGACGAUUGGUUAAUUCCAUUGGUCACUCAAUCCAUUAAUGUGUAUUAAUAUUCGCGAAUGUUGAGUCGCAGGACUCGAAUUCUCGUGAAUUCAUAAGUAGUGAUGAACUUAAGUCCGAACUACAUUGCUUAAAGUAAAUGCAAUGCGAGAUGUGAGUUUCUUAGAUGAAUAUAACCGCUCGCCACAUUCCCAUACUUGAGAAACAGUCGUCUAGAGACUCUGACUUCAAAAAUCCUGGUGCAUCAAAACACGGACUUGGGAGAGAUGUGUUUUUAUGAAAAAUUACGUAUUACUCUUUCAUACAACGCUGAUUCUGAAUGAUAUCUUCUUACUAGUUUCUUCAUAAAAUCAGAGUUAAAUGGUUUCAUGCUACGAUUGUCAACACGAACAAUUCGGUUCUCUCUUAGUCGAGAUUAUGAAAAUUCACUAUUUAUAUAUAUACAUAUAUGUAUAUAGAUAUAUGUGUUAUACUAAAACGUAGUAAUAAUCUAAGGCGUGUGAUAUAUAUUGUUUUGCAUGUCCCAUGAGCGCCCGAGACGAAUAACACAAGUUGUCGAGAAUGGGAUCAAGAUUUUCUCGUAUCAAUGGUACCGCAAUAUAUCACUCAAUUAUAUCUUAUUUUUGGCGUGUUAUUAAUAUUGAUUAUUUAUUACUUCGCAAAUAUGGCUCACUGAGUUCGACAAGAGUGAAGUACGGUUACGAUAACGUUCGAAUUUGUAAGGUCAGAUUAGGUUUUAGGCCUUUAGAUUUCGUUAUCAUUAAGCCAAAUAUUACCUGAGCGUAUUUUACUAUUUUUAUAUAUUUCCUAGGCAUCAGAAUUGAUGUCCUUGUUACGUUUAUUGUAACGACUCUUUCGAGUUUGUAAAUAUGUCGUACAAGAUUGUGGUUUUAGAAAAAAGGUAUUAUAGAGAAAAACUAUAUAAACAUAAUAGAAAAUUUAACUCAUGUUUACAUAAAAUUUGUUGUAAUUUAUAUAAAAUAGCAAAUUUUUCCUUUUGCCAUUUUUUAUUCUUCACCGUGCACUUACAGAGACACUUUCCUUUAGAAAAUCAAUUCAAGCAACGUCUUAGGAACAUUUUUAAGUAAUUUAUAAAUGUAGUCUUGGGUGCGAUAAUGUUCUAAGAAUGAUUUUCGUUCGUCGACGAAUUACCUUUAGAGUUCAUUGUUGAGUGAAAACGGAAUUUGUCAUUUCAGCCGUUGUCUCGCGCGGAUAUAAAAUAGACUAAGCUAGCGAAAUCGUUGUAGUCAUUAAAAUGGAAAUGUAAUUUCACCUUAUUUAUAUCCCUAGACAUUG